UUCCCCGCUGUUGCUGCGCAAAGAACUCUUCUCCCAGGUGGUUUUAAACCCUCGCCGUGAUUUGCCUCGUUCCACCUAGUCAAAAACCAGUGUCAUCACCAUGGAUCCCUAUGACAGCGACUCCUCCGGCUCCGAAGACGAGGACUUUACUGAGACCAGCGUGCUGCUUGGCUACGCAGCAGACGAGAUUGUAGAGGAUACCAUCAGCCAUCUGGGAGGCUGGCCUACCUGGCUCGACGAUGCUACCCCGCCUCCCGGCGACUUUGCCAAAUGCAAAGUCUGCAACCAACCCAUGCUCCUCCUCCUCGAACUCCACGGAGACCUCCCCAAUGACUUUCCCCAUGAUGAACGGCGACUCUAUAUCUUCUCCUGCCCCAGAAAGGCCUGCAAUCGCAAGCUAGGCAGUAUCCGGGGUCUGCGCGCUACCCGAAAGCUGAAGAUCGAGCAGCCGCCUCGGCAGAAGGAGGAGAAGCCAGAACCCAUGGAGGAGAAGAAGGCCGACCCUCCGGUUCCCAAGCAGGAUCUUGGAGCUAGUCUGUUCGGUUCUGCCUCUCUCACAGGCAGUAUCUCCGCCAGCGCGAACCCUUUCUCGUCCGGUACCUCCUCCGCACUCCCCAGCAACCCAUUCGCUGCCCCGGCUCCCUCCCCGGGCCUUUCAUCGCAACCCGCCAAACCCGCAAAGGCGACACCUCCGUCGACAAAUACACUCUCCGAAACCUUCGCCGACAAGGUCCGAGUUUCCUCCCCACCCCCGACAACCCAGGCCCCCGAAGACUCCGGCCCGAGUGCUCCCUGGCCCUCGCAGUCCGAGUUCCCAGCACCCUAUACACAAUUCUAUCUGGAUGCCGAGUACGAGGCCAUGUCGCGGCCAUCUACGCCCACGAUCCCCGCCAAUGUCACAAUUGAUAACACUGAGGAGGAAGGUGCUGGUGGCUCCGUGGAGUUGAAGGAUGCCUUUGAGUCUGAGCUGGACAAGGCAUUCAUCCGCUUCUCAACCCGACUAGGCCACAACCCGGAGCAGGUCCUGCGAUAUGAAUUCCGUGGAACUCCGCUGCUCUACUCCCACACUGACGCUAUUGGAAAGCGUUUCCAUGACCCGAAGGGCCCUAACCCUGGUGCUCGGGUGACGACCGUUGCUGCUGCGAACCGUAUUCCCCGGUGCGAGUAUUGCGGUAGCGAGCGUGUGUUUGAAUUCCAACUCGUGCCACACGCGAUCAGCGUGCUUGAGGACGGAAGAGACGGCGUCGGUCUCGGCUCCAAGGAUGAUGCCGGUAUGGAAUGGGGCACCAUCAUCCUGGGUGUCUGCAGCAAGGACUGCGGUCCCAAGGAAGUGGGCGUGGUCGGAUACCGUGAGGAAUGGGCCGGUGUGCAGUGGGAGGAACCCACAAAAUAGAUACGAUGGUUUACGCUUUACCAUAAUGUUGAUUUGAUGUUGAUGACCAUAUACAUAUACAUAGACAUGCGUUGAGCUUUUCGAAUCAAAAGUCUAUCCUAUUUUUAUCUUUACCUGGUCAUGAUCAUCAAGUUGGU